AUGGCGGCGACCGUAGCGGCUGCAGCAGCGGCGGCGGCGAAUGCUUCAAUAUAUGCUGCUUCAACUCAAACUCUCUAUACUGCUCAUUCUGCUUCUAGUAGUAGUAAUUCUAGUCCCUUUGUCUCAAACACAUAUGCUACCAAUUUCAUGGGUGCUCCCUUGCAGAGAUAUCGCCCGAAGAAUAGGAAGUCAGUUAAGAAUGCAGGAAAAGUAAGUGCUGUUGCUGCUGUUGCAACAACUCCUGUUGAAGAAAUCAAAGAUUUUUUGCUUCCUACAUGGGCGGAAUUUGAACUUGGUUGGGCUCCAGUUUAUUGGAAAACUAUGAACGGCCUUCCUCCUACUUCGGGAGAGAGGCUGAAACUUUUUUACAAUCCAGCUGCAAGAAAACUUGUUCCUAAUGAAGAGUUUGGGAUUGGUUUUAAUGGAGGUUUUAAUCAGCCAAUAAUGUGUGGUGGUGAGCCAAGGGCAAUGCUUCAAAAAAAUCGAGGCAAAGCAGAUCCUCCUAUAUAUACGAUUCAGAUAUGUAUCCCUAAGCACGCUAUGAAUUUGAUCUUCUCAUUCACAAAUGGGACCGAGUGGGAUGGUCCCUAUAGACUACAGUUUCAAGUCCCAAAAGGUUGGCGAAACAAACCAAUUGACUUCUUUAAUCAGGGUCUUGCCGAAGAGUUGGGUAAAGAGGGUGCAUGUGAGAAAGCAAUCUUCCCAGACACAAAUAUUGUCAUCACAAGAUGCGCUAUGAUUGUCAUCAUGUCAGACUCCGGCGUCCCGUCCGCCUUGGUCGAUGCACCGCAAACUGGGUUUUCAAUGAACAAGAAUGGAGCCCGAACCGAUGCCCAUGAACAAGAAGCGGUCUACGACAUCAUGAGGGCCACAGGAAAUGAAUGGGCCACUGAUAUUCCCGACGUUUGUCGUGGCCGGUGGCACGGUAUAGAGUGCAUGCCGGACAAGGACAAUGUCUACCACGUCGUGUCACUAUCAUUCGGAUCUCUAUCCGAUGACACGACAUUCCCUACGUGUGAGCCAAAUCAAUCUUUCAUUUCACCUUCUAUCACUAAACUCUCACAUAUUAGAACUCUUUUUUUCUAUCGUUGUUUCAGUUACAACCCACAACCCAUCCCAACAUUUUUGGCCCGUUUGGGGCCCACUCUACAUACCCUAGUUCUUAGGGAGAAUGGGCAUGUAGGGCCUAUACCAACUGAACUUGGCAAUCUGACCCGUUUAAAAGUCCUUGAUCUUCAUAAAAACAAUCUCAACGGUUCAAUACCGGCUUCACUGGGUCGGAUCACCGGUCUAAGGUCGUUAGACUUGAGCUGCAACAAACUAACCGGUUCAAUUCCCACUCUAAUUUUCCCUCUUUUGAAUGUGCUAGACCUCAACCAAAAUCACCUCGUCGGACCAAUUCCAUCCACCCUUGGAAGCUGUGAUUCUCUGAUGAAGAUUGACUUCAGCCGGAAUCGUCUCUCCGGUUCAAUAUCGGAUUCGAUCCAUGACCUGAAAAAUUUAAUUCUCAUGGAUUUAAGCUAUAACAGCCUCUCCGAUCCACUUCCAGUAUCUCUCAAAAGCUUGACUUCUCUCCAAGCUUUGAUUCUCAAUGGCAAUUCAAUGGUGUCCUCAACAAUUCCAAGUGAUGGGUUUGAUGGCUUGAAAGAUCUAAUGAUCUUAGUUCUCUCAGACAUGAACUUGCAAGGACCCAUACCUGAAUCACUAGCCCGAUUACCGAACCUUCGUGUCCUUCAUCUUGAUAGGAAUAAUUUGAAUGGUUCAAUUCCAGCAAGCUUUCGAGAACUGAACAACCUUAGUGAGUUUAGACUCAAUAAUAAUCGUCUAAGCGGGCGUGUACCAUUUAGGAGAGAAAUGGUUUGGAGAAUGAGAAGUAAACUAAAGCUUCACAACAAUGCUGGACUAUGCUACGAUGCAAGCAAUGGUUUUGGAGGUGAUCUGGAUUCGUUAUUCGAUUUGGGUAUCGAACGCUGUGAGACGGCAAAACCCGGACCAGCAAGAACAGUGCAGCAUUUUUCCACAGUUAAUGGAAAUAUCACAAGAUCGUCAAUGAAUAAAUCAUCUUCAACAGUUCAUAAAUCUUCACUUUCUGGCAGUUAUAACCCUCAACCCAUCCCAACAUUUUUGGCCCGUUUGGGGCCCACUCUACAUACCCUAGUUCUUAGGGAGAAUGGGCAUGUAGGGCCUAUACCAACUGAACUUGGCAAUCUGACCCGUUUAAAAGUCCUUGAUCUUCAUAAAAACAAUCUCAACGGUUCAAUACCGGCUUCACUGGGUCGGAUCACCGGUCUAAGAAGCUGUGAUUCUCUGAUGAAGAUUGACUUCAGCCGGAAUCGUCUCUCCGGUUCAAUAUCGGAUUCGAUCCAUGACCUGAAAAAUGUAAUUCUCAUGGAUUUAAGCUAUAACAGCCUCUCCGAUCCACUUCCAGUAUCUCUCAAAAGCUUGACUUCUCUCCAAGCUUUGAUUCUCAAUGGCAAUUCAAUGGUGUCCUCAACAAUUCCAAGUGAUGGGUUUGAUGGCUUGAAAGAUCUAAUGAUCUUAGUUCUCUCAGACAUGAACUUGCAAGGACCCAUACCUGAAUCACUAGCCCGAUUACCGAACCUUCGUGUCCUUCAUCUUGAUAGGAAUAAUUUGAAUGGUUCAAUUCCAGCAAGCUUUCGAGAACUGAACAACCUUAGUGAGUUUAGACUCAAUAAUAAUCGUCUAAGCGGGCGUGUACCAUUUAGGAGAGAAAUGGUUUGGAGAAUGAGAAGUAAACUAAAGCUUCACAACAAUGCUGGACUAUGCUACGAUGCAAGCAAUGGUUUUGGAGGUGAUCUGGAUUCGUUAUUCGAUUUGGGUAUCGAACGCUGUGAGACGGCAAAACCCGGACCAGCAAGAACAGUGCAGCAUUUUUCCACAGUUAAUGGAAAUAUCACAAGAUCGUCAAUGAAUAAAUCAUCUUCAACAGUUCAUAAAUCUUCACUUUCUGGCAGGUUGCUUUAUUUAACCACCCUUCUUCUGUUUAUAGUGUCUUUGUUGUGA